AUGACUCUGCUCUUCCAAGUGGGGUUCCUCCUCGCCGCCGGCAUUGCUCUCGAGGUUUGUUUUUGUCGUUUAAUUUUGUUCCAAUUGAUCUUUGUUGGGUUAUAAACCCGUGGUUAGAUGUUAGAACAUUCUUAUCGAGAUUUGAGUUGGGAUAUGAGCUUACGACCUUCCUCAUCAUGAACACAAGUCUCUACCAUACAGUCUCUUCGAAGAAAAACUUCCAGGCGGCCGCUGAAUGCUGCAGCGGACCUGGCUCUUCCGACUUCUGCACAGUCUUUUCUAUUCUAUCGCCAAUGGAACAGUCCGAAGUGAUGGCCUACCUCGGUGAGCACUUACAAAACUUUCCCCAAAAUCCCUUAAUUUCUAGGUGAAAACUGCGAAGGCGAUGCCGAACAGGCUCUGAAGAAGAUGGAAAAACGAAAGCCGAACUUCAUGCGCUAUGGUCGAUCCGCAGGUAACCCUUCUCCUCCUUCAUACACAGAAAUGACGUUUCGUGAGAAGUUUUAGACUUUCCUUAGCAUAUCCUUGCUAGUAUCGAAUAGCUGCUAGAGCUUGAAAGGAAAUUCAGCGAUGACGUUGGGCAAGAAAGGUUCAGACCCGAACUUCCUGCGCUUCGGACGUUCUCAGCCCAACUUCUUGCGCUUCGGCAAGGCCGCCAGUGGCGACCCGAACUUUCUUCGAUUCGGUAUUCGAUUGAAGCAAGUAGAUAUCACAGUCGAAAUCAUAGGUCGAAGCGACCCCAACUUCUUGAGAUUCGGCAAAUCUUCAGCUGAUCCCAACUUUCUGCGAUUCGGAAAACGGUCGGCGGAUCCCAACUUUUUGCGGUAUACCAUCAAAAAACUCCCCUCUUAAUUCAAGUUUUAAAAGUUUCAGUUUUGGUCGUGCUCUUGAAAACUUCGACCGAGAAUCCAGAAAACCCAACUUCUUACGAUUUGGUUAA